AUGAGCAUACUUCAACAUACUUCUUCCUACAUGCGAGCUAUUAAAGGGGUUCCCAAAGCACAAAAUGAAUUGUUGUCUAUGAAGGAGAAGAUUAAGGCGUUGAAUAGAUUAAGGCUACUAUUCAACGCGUAUCUUAAGGUAGCUUCUUUCAAGUCUAAAUAUCUUGAUAAGAACUAUUCAUCACGCUUACUCAUUAAUUUUCACUACGCGCUUAAUGAAAAAUUAUUUGAUAACAGUUCAAAUAUAAAUAAAACCAAAACUUUAUACAACUAUUAA